AUGCUGUCUUCAUCAUUGCGCUCUCUCUGCCACCGGGGCCCCUCAAUGGCCUCGCGGGCCUUCAGCACCUCGUCCGCCGUCCAUGCUGCCGAGGUUAAGUCGCUGGGUGUGAUAGGAGCUGGGCAGAUGGGAUUAGGAAUUGCUCUAGUAGCUGCCCAGAAAGCCCAAGUCCCAGUGACCCUUAUCGACAACUCCCAAGCUUCCAUUGACAAGGGACUCAAGUUUGCCGACAAACUCCUCGACAAAGAUGUAUCCAAAGAACGUCUCACCCGGGACGCCGCCGACGCUGCCCGGGCGCGCAUCACCACGAGCCUCAAAAUGGACGACCUCUCCACCGUCGACUUCGUCAUCGAAGCCGUCCCCGAGAUCCCUGACCUUAAGACUUCUAUCUUCUCAAAACUCGCCCAAAUCGCCCCUAAGCAUGCCAUUCUCGCUACCAACACCUCCUCUAUCUCCAUCACCAAGAUCGCAGCCGCCACCACUACAGACCCCAGGGACCUGCAGGCCCCCUCGCGCGUCAUCUCCACGCACUUCAUGAACCCCGUGCCCGUGCAAAAGGGCGUAGAAAUUAUUGCUGGCUUGCAAACCUCCCAGGAAACAAAGGAUACCGCUAUCGCUUUUGUCCAGCGUAUGGGCAAGGUCGCUUCUGUUUCUGCGGACUCGCCUGGUUUCCUGGCGAACCGGAUCCUCAUGCCGUAUAUCAAUGAGGCGAUCAUCUGUUUAGAGACCGGCGUCGGUGGUCGUGAGGAUAUUGAUAACAUCAUGAAGACGGGCACAAAUGUGCCUAUGGGUCCGUUGGUGUUGGCGGACUUCAUCGGUCUGGAUACUUGUCUCGCUAUCAUGAAUGUCUUGCAUCAGGAGACUGGUGAUAGUAAGUACCGGCCAUCCGGGCUGUUGAAGCGUAUGGUUGAUGCUGGGUGGCUGGGCAAGAAGACUGGAAAGGGCUUCUACGACUAUUAA